AUGUCCCGUUCGUCCACCCCGGCUUUGCCCAUGUACAAUGUCUCUAGACAAGAUCUAGCACCCCCUGAGCAAGCCCGUCCACCCUUGAACAGACAACGGACUCCGCAAACCGUCACAGCCAACCAUGCAGUCCUUACGCCACAGGAAACCGCUACGCGCCUAUCCACAUCGCUGACCCACGGUCUACAACCGAACGAAGCUGCCACACGUCUCCACAGCGAUGGUCCAAACGAACUUCCUCACGAGGAGCCCGAGCCGCUAUGGUUGCGCUUUGUCAAGCAGUUUCAAGAGACGUUGAUUCUGUUGCUCCUGGCGUCUGCUGCCGUAUCGGCUGUCAUGGGCAACCUGGAGGACGCUAUCAGUAUCGCCAUUGCAGUCUUGAUCGUUGUUACGGUCGCAUUCGUACAGGAAUACCGGUCUGAGAAGUCUAUGGAGGCCUUGAACUCGCUCGUGCCCCAUUCGGCUCAUGUCAUCCGUAGUGCGGAGCGCAGGCCUGACACCGAUACUCUCGAGGAAGCUGAAAAGGUGCCUUUGGCCAAUGCCGAAAAGGCGUCUACCACGAUACCCGCUGGCCAAUUGGUUGUAGGAGAUCUUGUCCUGUUCCAUACUGGCGAUCGCAUCCCUGCCGACAUUCGUAUCACUCGUGCUGCUGACCUUUCCAUCGACGAGUCCAACUUGACUGGCGAGAACGAGCCAGUCCAUAAAUUCGCCGCAAGCAUCACAACAGCAAAGAGAGAAGGUUAUCCCAGCUCGCCUGUAUAUGCAUCCGAGGCUUCAGGAACAGUUGGCGUUGAUCUCCGACUCAAUGAGCAGAAGAACAUCGCAUUCAUGGGAACUCUGGUUCGCUCAGGCUACGGACAAGGUAUUGUGAUCGGUACUGGAGGCGGCACCGAGUUUGGUGCUAUCUCUGCUUCAUUGCAAGAGAUUGAGAGCCCUCGUACACCCUUGCAACUUUCUAUGGACAAUCUCGGCAAAGAACUUAGUUACAUGUCGUUCGGAAUCAUCGCCUUCAUCAUGCUCAUUGGUUUCAUCCGCGGUAGACCAUUCCUGGAACUGUUCCAAAUUGGUGUCUCUCUCGCCGUCGCCGCUAUCCCCGAAGGUCUACCUAUCAUUGUCACAGUCACACUGGCUCUUGGUGUGCUACGGAUGUCAAAACGGCACGCAAUUGUGCGUAGACUCCCGAGUGUUGAGACGCUCGGCUCUGUCAAUGUCAUUUGCAGUGACAAGACUGGAACUCUGACCAUGAACCAUAUGACUGUUACCAAGAUGUGGCACUUUGAUGACGAGGCACCUGUAGAUGUAGUCAAGGUACACGCAACUGCUCCUUCGGACUCGGCUACACGCACCAUUCUUCGUAUCGGAAACAUUGUCAACAAUGGAAGACUGGGCUCCGAGUCUUCUUCUCACGCCACAGCGGCAUCAGCAGCCAUUCUUUCCUCUACCAUGGGAGGUGAUUUGGCCAAUGCGAAGAGCCGUUGGACUGGUCAGCCGACGGAUGUUGCACUUCUGGAUCUCCUGGAUGCUUUUGGUGAGGAUGAUAUCAGAGUCAACAUUGGUAGUAGACGCAACGAAACACCAUUCAGCUCGGAACGUAAAUGGAUGGGUGUGGUCAUCCAUAAUCCUCAGGAGCCAAACGGGCCCGCGACUGCUUACAUCAAGGGUGCUCUAGAACGUGUUCUUGGUCGCUGCGAUACAUACAUGACUUCGCAAGGACGUGAAGUUGUGCUAGAUGAGCAGAGACGGCAGGAAGUCCUAAAGGCAGCUGAGAACAUGGCUCAAGACGGCCUUCGCGUUCUCGGUCUGGCAAGUGGUCCGGUUCGCGAAUCUAAAGAUCGUCGCGUGUCUCGCGGCACCUCUCCAAAACCCGAUGGCUCUUCAUUGGCUGAAGAGGACCAUCUUUACACAGGACUCUGCUUUGCUGGACUUGUCGGCAUGAAUGACCCCCCUCGCAAAGGUGUGGAUCGCUCUAUUCGUCGUCUGAUGGCUGGUGGUGUCAAGGUCAUCAUGAUCACUGGUGAUGCCGAGACUACUGCUGUUGCCAUUGCGAAGAAGUUGGGCAUGCCUAUCAACAUGUCGUCUACGCUUGGUUCGCCAGUCCUGCGUGGUGAUCAGUUGGAUCAGAUGAGCGAUGAAGAUCUCGCCCAAGCAAUCUCGACGACAUCGGUCUUCGCAAGAACGAGUCCCGAUCACAAGAUGAAGAUCAUCCGCGCAUUACAAUCGAGAGGUGACGUCGUAGCCAUGACGGGCGAUGGUGUCAACGAUGCUCCGGCACUCAAGAAAGCAGACAUCGGUAUCGCAAUGGGCAAACUCGGAACAGACGUCGCCAAAGAAGCUGCCGAUAUGAUUCUCACAAACGACGACUUCAGCACAAUCCUUGCCGCCAUCGAAGAAGGCAAGGGUAUCUUCCACAAUAUUCAAAACUUCUUGACUUUCCAACUCAGUACUUCUGCUGCUGCUCUGGGUCUGGUAAUGUUGAGUAGUGCGUUCGGCUACAAGAAUCCUUUGAACGCCAUGCAGAUUCUUUGGAUCAAUAUCCUUAUGGAUGGCCCGCCUGCUCAAUCGCUAGGUGUGGAACCAGUGGAUAAAAGCAUGCUUACACUGCCUCCUCGACCUCGUCAUGCUCGUGUGUUGACGCCACGUUUGAUCCGCCGUGUCUUGCAGUCUUCCCUCGUCAUCAUGGCAGGCACACUCUAUACCUACAUCUCCAACCUCAGCACCUCCGACCUCGCAAGCCACGAAGUCUCACCCCGCGACACAACACUCACCUUUACCGCCUUUGUCCUCUUCGACAUGUUCAACGCCCUCACCUGCCGCUCUGCCACGAAAUCUCUCUUGCUUGGGGAAAUCAAAUUCACAGGCCACAAAGCGAAUAAGAUGUUUAAUUACGCCGUGGCGGGUAGUUUGUUAGGGCAGGCGUUGGUCAUCUAUUUCCCGCCGCUGCAGGGAGUUUUCCAGACGGAAGCUUUGGGCGUGGGAGAUUUGGUCAGGUUGGUUGUCUUGGCUAGUAGUGUUUUCUGGGUUGAUGAGGGGAGGAAGUGGAUUGAGAGGAGGCAGGCGAAGAGGGAUUUGCCUGGUCGUUAUAGUGGUAGUGUGUAG